AAUAAAAGUAAACCAAACAAAGGCAUCGUUUCACUUCAAUUCUAUAAAAUGUACAUCAAUCAAGUGCUCUUAUAUAAUUUCCUGAGUUUAGUGUUCCUGUCUACCGCUGAUAUGUACAGCGUGAAGAUAGACACGGAGCAACACGUUAACGUAGUUGACCCUAGAUUUUUGAGUUUCACAGUUGAUCCCAAAUAUUUGUUUUCUACCAGCGAAAAAUAUAAAAGGAAAGAAUGCCUUUGCAUGGCCGCGUCGUUAGCCCCGGCAUAUCUUCGCAUAGCUGGCCCUUCCACUUCACAAAUGGUGUUCCACAACGCGACCAUCGCGAUCGCUGACGACGAAGAGCCAAGCGAUUUGGCUGUGCGCUACCGGCAAUGGAGAAAGUUCGUGCAGUGGGCCAAAUCAACAGGUUUUGAUCUGAUUUUCGCAUUGAACAACGAGGAACGGACAGCUACUGGUUUGUGGGACCCUAAUACGGCUUUGAACAUCCUUACUGUAGCCGAAAAAGCCAAUAUUGGCGAAAUUUUUUGGCAACUUGGAUAUGAAUGCACAAACCAAUCUAUUGAGGAAUACCUCAACGACUUGGAGACGUUACGGGUGAUCGUCGAGACCUUUCCUCCAGGAAGAACGGAGAUGUGGAAGGUGGUGGCUGGUGACAUCAGCGAAUGCCUGCACGGAGACUCCAAAAGUGAUUUCAGAGAUUACAUAGUACUCUCCAGUGACAUGAUGGACGCAAUUAUGUUAAAUGGAAACUCAUCCUCGCAAGAUUUAGAACGCAUGUCGGAUUUAGAUCGGUUGAAACUCCUGAAGUUCUUAAGUCACAGCACCACUCCGCUCUGGCUGACGGAAACCACGCAACAACGAUAUAACGAGCUGGAAAGAGCAGUGGACUGGCUCAGCAGUCUGGGAUAUUCUGCUCGGAAUGGUUUCUCGGUGCAUUACAGGGAGUUACUGGAAGAAGAAAUGUAUGAACCUAGUUUGAGCUUUUACAUGGCGCUGCUGUUUAAGAACUUAGUUGGCGAGCGAGUGCUCAACUUAGAGAUGGAGGCGGGACAGGCUAUAAUGUUCGCGCAUUGCACGUCGCUACGUCACCAGGCGAUCCCCGGCGCCGUCACGCUGUACGGAGCCAACAUGGAUGAUGAACCGGCUCGCUUCUCCAUCAAACUGUCGAAAAAAGAAGAAGGAGGAGAUAUUAUGCAGUUCAUUAUUAGUCACGACCACAACGGGAACAUAGCCGUAAACGGACGUGUCAUGUUUUUCGAGGGUGACAUCAAACCCAUCGUGAAACGAGUGCGUCCAUACAAAUCUCUGUUAAUUAAUUUACCGGCCAAAUCUUUUGGGUUCUGGGUCUUAGCCAACACAAAUGUGGAAGCCUGCAAAGAUUACGGCGAUGAUAAGCCUCGCGUAGAUUCAACUGAAUCUAGCAGUGAUGAAAUAAGGGUUAGAAGAUCUAUAAUCUCUACUGAUGACAAUAACGCAAAAGAUCUCCGAUUCGUUGAAAAGCUUAAAAACGUUUCGGUACAGGAAAGAUUUGAGGAUGCCAAACACGGCGUUGGUCAAGUACUGAACGUUGUCAAAAGGAACACCAAAAAAAAGGAGAGGGAGAUUGAGGAGGAUAAACGUAAUAACAGAAAGAAAAAAAUAAGCAAAUUUAAAACAAAAUUUGAUAGAGUUGGUCGAAGAGAUUCAAACUUGAAAUCUCUACGAGAUAUAAUUAAAUCCAGGCGUUAUUUAAGGAAAAGGAAACCAACAAGAUAUAACAGAAGUAAAUCAAAUAGACUUUACGGCGCUAAGUAUAGACCAAAAGAAAAAAAAGAAGAGACAGCUGUAGAAACUAAAAGAAAACGACGGGAUAUCAAUGAGGUUGAUCAUAAAAUGAAUAACAUUAAUGAUUUGUCAAUAGAAAAUGUAGAAAAUUUGAAAAAUGUUAAGUUGUUGAAUAUAUUACGUAAAAUACACGAGCAAUUAGAAGACCUCUCUGCCGAAAAAGAAUCUAAAAAAGAAAAAGAUGACGAUUCGAUUGAUUCUAGUAGCGAAAUAGUUGGCGCUGGCUUUAUAAAAACAACAGUGAACAAUCUGAUGGGAUUAUUAUCUGAUUUAAAUGAGAAUUUAAGCAAAUUUUGGAAUGCCGUUACAAUUUUGGAGUAAAGGUGUCUUUUAGUCGCCCAGAGUUGAAGUCAAUGACUGGUUUGUGAUUUUAACAGUCGAUUUAGAUAACGUGAAUACGAUUAUUAGGGCACUGUAAUGUUAUAGCUCCUAAAUCAGAUACAUUUCGUAUUUUAGGAAAUACCUACCAUUUUAUGGGUCUGCGUGUAGAUUAUAAUUCAAUUUAGUUAAAGUACAUAUAGUUUUAAGUUUUCGAUGAAAUAUGUUUAUCAGGAAUACUAUGUGAAAACAAUGGGACUCAUUUUGCAAUUCUGAGACGCUAUUUUCGGUAUAUUUUUAUUCCAAUGUAGUAGGUUGUAGGUCUAGUUCUCGGGCCUGCUCCUAAGCAUCAAAAUGUGGCUAUCUUUAGACCUGAGAUGGAAGUCUUCAUUGCAUUGUAGUAUGAACAUUGGCUGUUCAAUUUAUCAGACGAAAACUCAGGAAGACCUUCCAGUAAAAAUUCAUAGAAUGAUACAAAUCGAUCAAAUAGUUAAUAUAAAGUGUAUAAUUAAUUAAAAUAACAGUUUUCAUGUUUUUUAGUUUUUCGGAACCCAUUUUAUGAUACAAUGUACGGCAUGAGUAUCCUGAUAAAUUAGGCAAAUAUCUAAUCUGAUUGCUCACUAUAUUUAAGGAUUGUUCUUAAGAAGUAUGAAAUAAAACAAAAAUCUGUGGUA